ACGUAUUUUGACAGCCACUCUUGUGUUUUGUGUCGGAAAGGAAAACAAUAAUAUUACUGAAAUUUCCAAGUCAACAAUGGAGGAUUGGGCAAUUUGUCGACUCUGCCUUCAAUCCAGUGAUGCCUUGAAACCCCUUCCGGAUGUGACUUACAACAUGAUUCCAUUCUUCAACAUCUACUUUGAGCUAGUGGGCAUCACUUUUACGGAAUAUCCAACGUAUCCCAGCAGAAUUUGUCAAUCUUGCGAAGGAGAAAUGAAGCAGGCAUACAAGUUCCGUGAGAAGUGUCUGGCAACCGAGGAGAAAUUAAAGGAUUUGAUGAUGGACGAGGAAGCCAAGGAAGCACCCAUUGAAUUCAUAACAACCCAGCAAGCUGAUGAAUCCAUAGAAUUCAAAGAGAAGCUAUUUGAGGAAGAGGAGAAGUUGGACGAAAGUACCAUGGAUUCUCUUUGUGAAUCAGUGGACACGAAAAUGACUGCGUCUGAUGAAAUGAAGUCAAUAGAGCUGCCCGAAUCGCCAAUUGAAGCCACAGACGAAUUGCCAGCGAUACCCAAGAGGAUUGUUCACAAGUUCUCCCGACGGCAGCUGAAGGAGAUGGAAUCGAAGAACAUCCAAUGCAGAAGAUGCAACGGAAAAUUCAAAGGCAUUGAGUUGUUCAAGAAGCACGGCUGCAAUGCGACAAGUGAGCGCAAGCAGACGGAGAUUAAGCCUAAGAAAGUUCACACCUGUCCAGAGUGUGGUCGGAGUUACUCAUCUCGACAAUGCUACAAUGCUCACAUGGACAAAGUGCACACGAACAACAAGCGGUACGAAUGCUAUGACUGUGGCAAGAAGUUCUUUUCCUGGCUCCAGAGACGAACGCACUCUUACAAAGUCCACCUGAAGAAGUUCCACUGCGAGUGCCCGCACUGCGGAAAGGGCUUCUACACACAGCACAGCCUCACCAAGCACAUCAGCGGUGAUCACCUGAACCUGAAGACAUAUCAGUGCGCCGUGUGUGGCAAGACGUACAAGAGGGCAGACCAGCUGCGCGAUCACGAGAGGAUCCACAGUGGGAAGAAGACCUGUGAAAUAUGCGGAAAACUACUGAACAGCACAGCCUCUCUCAAGCAGCACUUGAGGACUCACACCAACGAGCGGAACUACAUCUGCCCGGUGUGCUCGAAAGGAUUCACAUGCAACUUUUCCAUGAAGACACACGUGAGAAAAUUACAUCCCAGCGAUGUACAUCUCCUACCGCCCGAUGGAACAAUCGUCAACCAGAAAUAUCUGAAGAAACUGAGAGAAAAUGAAGAGGCAAUAGGAUAA